GUGUAUGUGUACAAGCAGCACCAUUGUGGAGGACAAUCUGGGAGUCAGUCAAUUUUUCCUUCUACCGUGUGAGUCCUGGGGAUAAAAUUGAAGACCUGCCGAGCCAACCCAGGAUUUUCGUUUUGUUUUGUUUUGUUGUUGUUUUGUAAAGUAUGUUUUUUCCUCCCUCAGAAACUCCUUCCUUCUCUUUUUUUUCCCACCCAGAUGGAUCAUUAAUCAGAGACACCCUGUGUCCUUAGAAGGCUGUAGUAUGUGUUCUAAUUAGGUCUACUUUCAGAAUUUAGUGUCUUUCAGAUACUUUACACUUCCUCUUCAGGGGUCCCAAAAUAAGCAAGCCCCGUAUUGCUCUUGUGAGGGUGGUCAUCCCCUGCAAUCAACAGGCAAAGUGGAGCUGACACAGGAGUUGGUUUUUACUUCCACUUAUUUAUUUAAAACACUCAUGUAGCGCUUACUUUGUUUGCCGGGCACCGUUCUGAGUUCUUUAUAAAUAUUAACUUAGUGGGUACAAAUAUUAACCGAACUGUUGUUGUUGGCACAGGUUGGAUUAAUGUUGCUUCUCUCCACUCUUCAGGAAGGAGGAAGAAUGCCUCUGGCCCUUUAAGGUCGGCCUUCCCGCCCUGGCCAUCUCUAAGGCCCAGACCCUUCUUCCAGGCAGGGACAUUUUCUCGGCCUGGCGACCUUCGGGCGGGCUCCGCCCAGCAUCAAUCAAAGCUGAGGACGGCUGCUUAGCAACGGCAGAGGGCGGGAAUUUUGAACACUGUAGCACCGCCCUCAAUGCAAGCGGACCAAUCUGCAUUGAUUCCUCACCGCCCUUCCAGCCAAUAGCGACUAGGAGGGCGGGGCGAGCGCGCGGCCCACGCCCACAGGCUGGCUGGUGGUUCUCACAGACUCGCGGCGGUUGGUCAGGGAGGUGGCUCGUCGCGGCGAGGUGACGGAAAAGGCGGGAAAGUGCCCGCGCACCACCGCCUGCUGAGAUGCCGCUUCGGAACCUCCUUCCCCUCCCUUGUCCUCAGAGUCGCCGAGCCCAUGGCUUUCAGAGCGACCCCAGGCCGGACGCCGCCAGUUCCCGGACCCGGACCCGGGGUCCCCUUGGCCAGCUUCCCCAGCCCCCAGCCCCCAAUGGCGGGGCCUGAAGGCGUCGAGGAAGAGGACGAGGAGGAGCCGGCCGAGAUCCAUCUGUGCGUGCUGUGGAGCUCGGGAUAUCUGGGCAUUGCGUACUAUGACACUAGUGACUCCACUAUCCACUUCAUGCCAGACGCCCCAGACCACGAGAGCCUGAAGCUGCUCCAGAGAGUUCUGGAUGAAAUCAACCCCCAGUCUGUUGUUACAAGCGCCAAACAGGAUGAGGCAAUGACUCGAUUUCUAGGGAAGCUUGCCUCCCAGGAGCAUGGAGAGCCAAAGAGACCUGAAAUCAUACUUCUGCCAAGCGUGGAUUUUGGUCCAGAGAUAAGCAAACAGCGUCUCCUUUCUGGAAACUACUCCUUCAUCUCGGAGUCCAUGACUGCUACGGAGAAAAUCCUUUUCCUCUCCUCCAUUAUUCCCUUUGACUGUGUCCUCACGGUCCGGGCACUUGGAGGACUGCUCAAGUUCCUGAGUCGCAGAAGAAUCGGGGUUGAACUGGAAGACUAUAAUGUCAGGGUCCCUAUCCUGGGAUUUAAGAAGUUUGUACUGACCCAUCUGGUGAGCAUCGAUCAAGACACUUACAGUGUUCUACAGAUUUUCAAGAGCGAGUCUCACCCCUCGGUGUACAAAAUAGCCAGCGGGCUGAAGGAGGGGCUCAGCCUCUUCGGAAUCCUCAACAGAUGCCGCUGUAAGUGGGGACAGAAGCUGCUCAGGCUGUGGUUUACCCGUCCGACCAAGGAGGUAAGGGAGCUCAAUUCCCGUCUGGAUGUCAUUCAGUUUUUCCUGAUGCCUCAGAACCUGGACAUGGCCCAGAUGCUGCACCGGCUCCUGAGCCACAUCAAGAACGUGCCUCUGAUUCUGAAACGCAUGAAGUUGUCCCACACCAAGGUCAGUGACUGGCAGGUCCUCUACAAGACUGUGUACAGUGCCCUUGGCCUGAGGGAUGCCUGCCGUUCCCUGCCCCAGUCCAUCCAGCUUUUUCAGGACAUUGCCCAGGAGUUCUCUGACGACCUGCACCACAUUGCCAGCCUCAUCGGGAAGGUGGUGAACUUUGAGGAGAGUCUUGCUGAAAAUCGCUUCACGGUCCUCCCCAACAUAGAUCCUGAAAUAGAUGCCAAGAAGCGAAGGCUGAUGGGGCUUCCUAGUUUCCUCACUGAAGUCGCUCAGAAGGAGCUGGAGAACCUGGACUCUCGCAUCCCCUCAUGCAGUGUCAUCUACAUCCCUCUGAUCGGUUUCCUUCUUUCCAUUCCCCGCUUGCCUUUCAUGGUGGAAGCCAGUGACUUUGAGAUUGAGGGACUGGACUUCAUGUUUCUCUCAGAGGACAAGCUGCACUAUCGUAGCACCCGGACCAAGGAGCUGGACGCACUGCUGGGGGACCUGCACUGCGAGAUCCGGGACCAGGAGACCUUGUUGAUGUACCAGCUGCAGUGCCAGGUGCUGGCACGGGCUUCGGUCCUGACUCGGGUACUGGACCUUGCCUCCCGCCUGGAUGUCCUGUUGGCGCUGGCCAGUGCUGCCCGGGACUACGGCUAUUCGCGACCGCAUUACUCUCCCUGCACCCAUGGAGUAAGGAUCAAAAAUGGCAGGCAUCCUCUGAUGGAACUGUGUGCACGAACCUUCGUGCCCAACUCCACAGACUGUGGUGGGGACCAGGGGAGGGUCAAGGUCAUCACUGGACCCAACUCCUCAGGGAAAAGCAUCUAUCUCAAACAGGUGGGCUUGAUCACCUUCAUGGCCCUGGUGGGCAGCUUCGUGCCUGCAGAGGAGGCCGAGAUUGGGGUAAUCGAUGCCAUCUUCACUCGAAUUCACAGCUGCGAAUCCAUCUCCCUUGGUCUCUCCACCUUCAUGAUUGAUCUCAACCAGGUGGCGAAAGCAGUGAACAAUGCCACAGAGCACUCGCUGGUCCUGAUUGAUGAAUUCGGGAAGGGAACCAACUCGGUGGAUGGGCUGGCACUUCUGGCUGCUGUGCUGCGUCACUGGCUAGCACUGGGACCCAGCUGCCCUCACAUCUUUGUGGCCACCAACUUCCUGAGCCUUGUUCAGCUGCAGCUGCUGCCACCAGGACCCCUGGUGCAGUAUUUGACCAUGGAGACUUGUGAGGAUGGGAACGACCUUGUCUUCUUCUAUCAGCUUUGCCAAGGUGUCGCCAGUGCCAGCCACGCCUCCCACACAGCGGCCCAGGCUGGGCUUCCAGACCCACUCAUUGCUCGAGGCAAAGAGGUCUCAGACUUGAUCCGCAGUGGGGAGCCCAUCAAGCCCAUGAAUGAGCUUUUGAGGAGGAACCAAAUGGAAAAUUGCCAGGCACUGGUGGAGAAGUUUCUAAAACUGGACUUGGAAGAUCCCACCCUGGACCUGGACGUUUUCAUUAGUCAGGAGGUGCUCCCUGCGGCCACCACCAUCCUCUGAGAGUCCUCUCUUCGCCUCCCAGCUAUCUGAGCCCCGGGGCCAGACUUUUCCUUUUCUUCCUUACUGCAGAGUUUCAGUUUGCACUGAGAAACAUUUUUGUCUUGUGUUAGGAAUAAAGUUUAUUUUGGAUCAA